AUGUCAAAUAGUAGUCCUAUUAGUACUAUUUUUGUUGAUUUUCGUACAGCUUUUGAUCAGUUAUGGUUUGACGGUUGUAUUGGUAAACUUCGUUGUUUAGGUAUUCCUCCAGCUUAUUUAAACUGGAUAUAUGUAUGGUUACUUGAUAGAAGAAGUUUUAUAGAAAUUAAUGAAACUAGAUCUAGGUGGUUUAAUAUUGAUAAAGGCUGUCCUCAAGGUAGUGUUUUAUCACCUACUUUAUUUAAAACCUAUAAUUGUGAUUUGGGUAGUUCUUUAUCUAGCUGUACUAGUCACCUAUUUGCUGAUGAUUUAGCUGUAAUUGUUGCUGGUCAACUUGGUAUUAAAUACUCUUAUCAAUGUUUGGAUUUAGAAAAACGUAUUAAAAUUUUUAUUGAUCAUCUUGAAUAUUAUUCGUACUUAACUGAUCAACCUAUUAAUACAUAUAAGACUCAAGCUUUAUCUACUGCACGUGCUAUUGGUCAUCCUAAAUUUGAUAUUCAUUUUAAUUCUGGUUCUAAAGAGAAAAUCAAUUGGGUACCAGAAUAUAAAUAUUCAGGUUAUCUAAUAUCUUGA